UUGGGUGGAAGCGAUCACUGAGUGGCGGCGGCUGCUGAUUGUGUUCCAAGGGUCGGAGCGGGGUGGACGUUUGUUCUACCGGAACAGCUUAGCUCACUCCUUCCCUUCCAUAACCCGUGGCGCGGAGAGUCGGGGCGGCGGCUGCGUCAGCAAGGGCGGUGGCGGCGGCGGCAGCUGCAGUGACAUGUCCAGCAUGAAUCCCGAAUAUGAUUAUUUAUUCAAGUUACUUCUGAUUGGCGAUUCUGGAGUUGGAAAGUCUUGCCUCCUCCUUAGGUUUGCAGAUGAUACAUACACGGAAAGCUAUAUCAGCACAAUUGGUGUGGAUUUCAAGAUACGAACUAUAGAGUUAGACGGGAAAACAAUCAAACUUCAGAUAUGGGACACAGCAGGCCAGGAACGAUUUCGAACAAUCACCUCCAGUUACUACAGAGGAGCCCAUGGCAUCAUAGUUGUGUAUGAUGUGACAGAUCAGGAGUCCUUUAAUAAUGUUAAACAGUGGCUGCAGGAGAUAGAUCGCUAUGCCAGUGAAAAUGUCAACAAGUUGUUGGUAGGGAACAAAUGUGACCUGACCACAAAGAAAGUAGUAGACUACACAACAGCAAAGGAAUUUGCCGAUUCCCUUGGAAUUCCAUUUUUGGAAACCAGUGCUAAGAAUGCAAAGAAUGUAGAACAGUCUUUCAUGACGAUGGCCGCUGAGAUUAAAAAGCGAAUGGGUCCUGGAGCAACAGCUGGUGGUGCAGAGAAGUCCAAUGUUAAAAUCCAGAGCACUCCAGUCAAGCAGUCAGGUGGAGGUUGCUGCUAAAAUUUGCCUCCGUCCUUUUCUCACAGCAAUGAAUUCGCAAUCUGAACCCAAGUGAAAAACAAAAUUGCUUGAAUUGUACUGUAUGUAGCUGCACUACAACAGAUUCUUACCGUUUCCACAAGGUCAGAGAUUGUAAAUGGUCAAUACUGACUUUUUUUUUAUUCCCUUGACUCAAGACAGCUAACUUCAUUUUCAGAACUGUUUUAAACCUUUGUGUGCUGGUUCAUAAAAUAAUGUGUGUAAUCCUUGUUGCUUUCCUGAUACCAGAUUGUUUCCCGUGGUUGGUUAGAAUUUAUUUUGUUUUGAUGUUUAUAUUGGCAUGUUUUAGAUGUUGGGUUUAGUCUUCUGAAGAUGAAGUUCAGCCAUUUUGUAUCAAACAGCACAACCAGUGUCUGUAAAUUUCCAUGCAUAAAGUUUAGUGAGAUGUUCUAUGUAAGAUCUGAUUUGCUAGUUCUUCCUUGUAGAGUUAUAAAUGGAAAGAUUACACUAUCUGAUCAAUAGUUUCUUCAUACUCUGCAUAUAAUUUGUGGCUGCAGAAUAUUGUAAUUUGUUGCACACUAUGUAACAAAACUAAAGAUAUGUUUAAUAA